UAGCUCUGAGCCGGCAGGCAGGCAGGCAGGCAGUAGUCAGUAGAGAGUAUUUGCUCUUCCCUUGCAGUGUCCGUGAUCAUCAACAACACAGAUCUUUUUCGGUUCUUUACUUUUUGGAUUUUGGGCUGGAAAUCAGCAGCAGCAUCACCGCUGGAACCUAAAAGCUGCACUGGAAGCCUUUUAGAGAUCUUUCUCCUUUCUACCCCCCCCUCCCUCUGCUCCAGUGUUGUUUCCAUGGAUUGUGCCUGUAUAUUUUUUCUCUGACGGAUUGGAUUGCAGCUCUGGAUUUUACAGAGAACAGAUUGGACUUUGGUGACAGCAGCAGCUCAACGCAACCAGCACUGUAACCUCAAUAGAGAAAAUUACAGUCAGGUGGCCUGUGAUUGCUAAAAGGCGUUUGCUGCCUGUACCGUUGCUGCUAUGUUACAGGAGAGGGUAAUCAGCACCGCUCAGCCACGUCUGCCAGCACGCUUGUGAACGAGGCAGGCUGUGCGUGUUGGUUGGUGGAGAGAGGGGAGAGAGCAAGAGAGAGAAGGGUAUGCUUCACCGUACCAAAUACAACCGCUUCAGAAAUGAGUCAGUAACAUCUGUCGAUGAGCUUCUUCACGGCCUGUCCAUGAACCCCAAGGUCUCGGCCACCCCCCAGUCUGCAGCCGAGACAUCUUACACACCCCCGGCUGAGGUUCAGCCCUCCUCCACCACCACCACUCCUUCCAGCAACCCCACCAGCCACGGCUCUGACCACCUGGAAGAUGGAGGCACCACCCUCUGUACCCUCAUCAACAAGGUGUCCAGCCUGAAAUUCAGCAACUCAGGCAGCUUGCUCGGCAUCAAGGCUCUGCCCUCGGCUGUUAAGGACCUGGCUGUGUCAAAGCUGCAGGGGGGUGGGGGAUCAGGCUCAAGCAGCUCCAGUGGCCUGAGUCCCAGUGCAGCUACAGCAGCGGCAGGAGCCUCUGGUGUGGGUGCCUCUCUGUGCAGCUCGGCCUCCCAUUCAACCCCCUGCUCGCAGCUGGAACCUUCUGUCAGCAUGAGCAAGAAGAGCAGGCUGGAUGAGCACCAACCCAGCGGAGAGGACUGGAACCCAGGUGGAGGUGGUGGGCUGGUGAGCAAACCCUCCAAAGGAUGGCUACACUCAAACGAGAAGAUCUCUGGUCCAGGAGUCACAUACAUUGUAAAGUAUCUGGGCUGCGUAGAAGUCCUUAGAUCGAUGAGAUCCCUGGAUUUCACUACAAGGUCGCAAAUAACAAGGGAAGCCAUCAGCCUGGUGUGUGAGGCUGUUCCAGGGACCAAAGGAGCUCUGCGGAAGAGAAAGCCACCAUCCAAAGCUCUGUCCAGUAUUUUGGGGAAGAGCAAUCUGCAGUUUGCCGGCAUGUCCAUCAACCUAAACAUCUCCACAAGUAGCCUCAACCUGAUGACCCCUGACUGCAAACAGAUCAUAGCCAACCAUCACAUGCAGUCCAUUUCUUUUGCAUCAGGUGGAGACCCUGAUACAACAGAUUAUGUUGCCUAUGUAGCAAAGGACCCAGUUAAUAGAAGAGCGUGCCACAUCCUGGAGUGCUCUGAUGGACUAGCCCAGGACGUCAUCAGUACCAUUGGCCAGGCCUUUGACCUUCGCUUCCAGCAGUACCUGCAAUGUCCCUCAAGCAAGCUGUCCUCCACACAUGACAGGGUAUUAAACAUGGAGGAGUUACCUUGGACAGAGGAAGAGGAGGAGUCAGCUGAGCACCCUUAUUAUAACAACGUCCCUGGCAAGAUGCCGCCCCCUGGAGGCUUCAUCGACACCCGGCUGACCAAUCAAAAUGCAGAUGGAUGCCAGAUGGGUCCAGGGUCUGUGGAUCAGACAUAUUACCAAGGGCGGCACUGUGAAAGCUGGGGAGAUGAAAGAAAGACAUUCUUCAUGCAACAGGGAUCAUUUGAUAUAAGUGGUCUGCCUGAGACUAAAGGUCAAGCACCAAAUACAGAGGAAAUGCCCACCUAUGUGAACACCCAGCAGAUCGAUGCCCAGGUGCUCGCAGCACUCCAGGCAGAGGCUGAAAAUGUGACAAAGGGCAUGGCAGCUGCAGCCAAAGAGAGCCCACAGAAGGACCUGUUUGACAUGAAGCCCUUCGAGGAUGCCAUUCAGUCGCAGUCCCAGCCGCUGUCCCAGGGGCAGGCCCAGUCCCAGGUAUCCGGUCUUCACAAGGCAGCAUCUGUGGAUAACUCAAGUCCUCUGCUCGUGCGCUCUCUGGCCUUCCGGGCACAGGAAGAGCUGGAGGGCCAAAUGUGGUACCACGGCAAAAUGAGCCGCCGCGAAGCUGAGAAACUUCUGAAAAAUGACGGGGACUUUCUCGUCCGCAAGAGCACUACCAACCCAGGGUCCUACGUACUGACAGGCAUGCACAAUGGAAUUGCCAAACACCUACUGCUGGUGGACCCUGAAGGCACGGUACGGACAAAAGACCAUAUAUUUGACAGCAUUAGCCACCUUAUUGGCCAUCAUCGUGACAACAAUCUGCCGAUUGUUUCAGCUGGGAGUGAACUGUGUCUCCUACAGCCUGUGGGAAGGAAACAGUGAUGCUUGCAAUGCCGGAUUCAUAGAUAAUAGGAAGCUCUAAAAUGGCCUCUCACUAUGGAACUUGAAGAUGAAACAUGAGUCGAUGCUUCAAGGCUCAGUUCAAAGAGUUAUUGGGAUAAACUGAUCUGCAGUUACUUAACUGGAGUCACUGGAAGA